GGCACAUGAAGGCUGUCAGCGGUCUGAGUUGGUGCUGUAGCUUAGCUUAGCCUAACUCUAAAAUAAUGUCUCAGCCGCCUCCUAAACCGUGGGAAAGACGGAUUCCUGGAGCUAUAACAGCUCCACUAAACUAUCGGUCUACAGACUUUGCUGCAGCAUCAGUGAGCGGACCCCCAGCAUCAGGCCCGCCGGUCUUAACGCGUGUGCCGCCUCCAGUCCCUCCACGGCCUGUCCAGCAGACCUACCGUCCGGCCUAUAGCUCCUUCCCCUCCUCCUAUAGCCCCUACAGCUAUGGUGGAGGCUAUAGCCCCUUCAGUUACGGCGGAUACGGCCUGGGAGGCGGUUUGGGCUACAGCCGCUUCCGCCUGGAGGACGUACCACCUAGCCGCUUCGUCCAGCAGGCGGAGGAGAGCAGCCGGGGCGCGUUCCAGUCCAUCGAGAGCAUCGUGCACGCCUUCUCUUCGGUCAGCAUGAUGUUGGACGCCACCUUCUCGGCCGUCUACAACAGCUUCCGCGCUGUGCUGGACGUGGCCAACCACUUUUCCCGCCUACGCGUCCACUUCACUAAAGUGCUUUCCGCCUUCGCCUUGGUGCGCACUCUGCGCUACCUUUACCGCCGCAUUCAGAGGAUUCUGGGAUUACGGCCAGACCUGGACGCUGAGGAUCUGUGGGCAGACAGCGUGGUGCCCACCGCCGGGGCCAGAGGACCGGGCCUGGACGAUUCCAGAGCAAACUCUGUUAAGUCUUGGCCCAUUUUUCUAUUUCUUGCUGUGGUUUUUGGAGGGCCGUACCUGAUCUGGAAGCUGCUAAGAUCCGAGGAGAGCGCAGAGGAGAGCGGCACUAACUGGGCGGGCGGUGAGGAUGACCAUGUGGUGGCUCGAGCUGAGUAUGAUUUCACCGCUGCUUCUGAGGAGGAGAUCUCCCUUCAGGCAGGAGACAUGCUCAAUCUGGCUCCCAAGGAGCAACAGCCGAGGGUGCGUGGCUGGCUGUUGGCCAGCGUGGACGGACAGACCACUGGACUGGUCCCGGCUAACUACGUCAAAGUCCUGGGCAAGCGGAGGGGCAGGAGGCAGGCAGAGCUGGAGAGGCUGGCCCAGAUGCAGCAGGGUCAGCAGGUUCUACAGCCAGAACGAGGUCCGGUUACAGCCUCGGCGGGACGUCCAGACCCAGAAGAGCUGCUGGAGUCUGUGUAUAGCGAAGCACCUGUAUCACACACGCACUUAUCUAACACUGCUGCCACAGAUUGUGCUGGAGACUGCAGAGAAAAUAGACUUGUGAGUGUUUAUGUAUGUGUAGUAAGAGUCGGUUUGUGACUGCUUGAGUGGGUUAUAGACAUUAUAUCUCACUGACAAAAACAUUAGCAUGCAUCUUUUCUUUUUUAAUACGUGGUGACACGCCCCUUUCUCUCAAUAACAGCGGAUAUCCCGCCAGGUAAGGAUUACACCAGUCUCUUGAGAGAGUCCUUGUUUAUUCUAGUCCACUCAUCCACAAACUGGGUGAACAUUUGGGCCAUUUCCUUCUGCUGUUCCAGAUUGAUGAUUGGGAUUGAGGUCUCCCAGUCACAAACAAACACCCUACAGUUGUCAUCCGAGAAUGUGGGAGUGUCAGUGUUAUGUUCUGCUCUGAGUGGACUAGAAUGGACACGAACUAUCUCGGGAGACUGGUGUAAUCCUUGGUGCUGUUAUUGAGGCAGUUGGGUGUUUGGCCAAGUGUUGGAGAAGAAAUGAUGCUAUUUCUUGUCUGGAGAGAUCAUGAAAGAGUGUCUUUGUGUGUGAAUAGCUCUGAAAACUCCAUCAAAAGGGGAACACUUGGAAACAUGGCCAUAACUCUACUGGACUGAUGAUCUUUAAAGUUAGAAUCGGGGCUGCACGAUAUGGACAGAAUGCUAGUAUUGUGAUUGUAUUGCUGGACAUUCUUCAGUACAUUUAAAACAGAUGGAGAAUCAGUUUUGUGACAUGGUUAAAAAAUUGGCCUGCGUUAUUUUGACCACAGUAGUUAAUGAAUUACAGGAAUGAUUCAUCAAAAUGGCCACAGAAGCCCAUCUGGAACUGUGAUUGGUCAGGAUGCUCUCAGCACACGCUCUGAUUGUUUAGAAGGGUAAUUUAUGACAUCCUGCCAUGACAGUACUGCAAAAGCCAAUAUUGGGACACUGAUUCACAAGUGAUACAUUAUGCAGCCUUAGUUUCAUAGAAAGAAUCCUUUUCAUUUUAUUCAUGUCUGUAAUAAAAGUCUAAUGUUGAAAGGUUAAUGUUCAGUGCAAACAAUUGAAUGAUGGCAUUGCUUUUUAGUGCAGAUCUGUCCCAUCUGCUGACAGAUUUGGAGGGGAGAGUGCAGAAUAUGUUCUCAAAUCAAACCUGAUUAUAGCUUUAAACGGAAUAGCAUGUUAGAUAAGCAGGUGUUGUCCUGGUUCUAGUCUGCCAUACUUUAUUCAUCCGUUAAGUCCCGUUGAAUGUAAGUUCUGUUGGAUUUGUUCUCCAGCUAGCUACACAGUUCAACAUUUUGAAGGUCACUUUUGGCAUAUUUGCGGGUACUGACCUUGAGGUUGAUUUGAUCAAGAAGUAAUUACAUGUAAUUUACGUUAAUGUAAGAAUAUCUAUCAUUGUAGACUUUAAAAGUGGAUUUCAGCAACAUGAGGUUAGAGUAAAUGGGCGUAUCGUUCAUUAUGAGAUUUGUUCAUGUAUUGCUUUUAAUUGAGAGCAUCUCUGGUAAACCUAAUAAACUUUUAGAUACAAUUCAGAUGUUUUCUGUUAAUUGAUCACUGUUAUUGAGAACAUGCUUGGACUAGUCUGUGAGCUGGACAUUCCGGCUGCCUGUGAUAACUGUUCUAAUCAUGUUUCCGCACAAAAGUAGGCUGUUAUGAAUUCCAGCAGAUUGGAAAGUUGGUGUCUGUUUUCUUAAUUAUAUUAUGGUUUUGUUUGUGCACUGUUAUGGUCUAAUAAUUAACAUACGUGUGUAAAUAUAAGGAAUUAUUUUGACAAUAAAAUAUUUUCAGAAAUUGA